AUGAGCGGGAGCGGUAGCGGGUCAGGAGGUGUGCUGCGUCCGUUGCGCACGCGUCGGCCGUUCACACCCCGUGAACCGCAGCGCACUUUGUUCACGGAGCGAGCACGCAAAACAGACCCUAGGCCGCCUAGCGCGUUCGACUUGAAGCACCUGAGCUUGUCGGAGAGUACUGAAGAGAUAACAACGGCAAUGCUUGGGGCACGCAUGUCCAGUCUUGACGAGGACAAACUCAACAGUAUUCUGCAGAUGGAUUCACAGAAUAACACGAAAAAGAAAUCCUCCAGAAAUUCCCAACCAAAGCUGAUUCAAGAUCGCUCUGGUGAUGGCUGGAGCGGUUUUACCAAGUUACCCCAUUUGAGUGGCCGCAGCAAACCGUUGCACCGACGGAACACCACAGGACACAGUACCGAUGACUCGAAGAUCGAUUCCGACCUUGCACAGGCGAUAUCAGUGACUCGUCCUCUCUGUGAAUCAGAUGGUAAUUUUGUAUCUGGUGAGCACAUCUUCGAUAACAGUCCGAGUAAAUCUAUGGGUUCUGAUACGAAUAUAAAGAAGAAAAAUUUUGUAAUGAAUAAAUCGAUGUCAUAUGACGCUGGAUACAAGAACGAAGUCUCAGAAGAUCUGGCUGUUAAACAUUUGGCUGUCCAGUUACCUAACACCUGUAGAGAUUUUGAUGGCACAAGCAUCCUCGAAAUAUCAGAAGUAUUAUCAGAGCGAAAUCAACCUGUAGAACGGACCGUGACGCUUCUAGAAGCUUUGCAGAAACUUCUGGAGAAAUCUUCUCCUGCCAGCAGCCUCAGAGAGCUGGUGUUAAGGUCGCUGUAUACGCAUAUCGACUGUGACGAUGAGCGAGUUCUUGUAGCGAUAGCUCGAGCAAUGCUUACGAUGAGAGUAACUGGAUCACAUUUGGCAGCGGCUUGUAAACUAGUGUUCAAAAUAGCAAGGAAUGAUAAAAACGAUCACUUUUUUAAGAACACCAAUUUGCUUGAUUUGUUGGUGGAAGGGUGUGGACGUGCUGACCCUCUAGAGGAGGGCGAGUGUUGCGUAUACGGGGCGGGGGCACUCAGGUUCCUCGCUCUGGAACCCAGCCUUUGCGUCCUAGCGCACAAAGCAGGAGCCCUACACCUUGCGGCAUUGCAUCUUAAGAUACUUAACAAUGCUAAGGCAGAAAACCCUCGCACCGUGUCUGAUCAAUCUACACACGCGUUGUACCAAUUAACUGGGGCCCUUCGGAACCUAGCUGGGGAAGAGAAAGAGGCCCAAACAUUUGUCGUCAGCGGAGCUCUGAGUGAACUGGUUGCUGCAUUGUUACAUCAUACUGACAGGGAUGUGCUUACUAAUGUAGCAAGAUGUCUCAGUGUUCUAUCGGCUGAGGAGACAUGUUGUGCAUGGUUAUGCGCGUCAUCAGUGAGCGCGCACGCAUUAUUGCGUGCAUUAGCUGCGUGCGCGCCGAGAGCACCGUUGGCGGUACGACUUGCGUACACAUUAGGCAAUAUGGCGGCGGCAGAUGAGCAAGCGAGGAUUAAUAUAUACAAUGAAGAGGGCGGAGUAGACGUCCUAUUGACGAUCCUGGAACUGUACACGAAGAGAAAUGACGAAGUCAAUAUAGACACUGAUCCUGAUUUACAUUUAAUCGGCACUGAUUUGGGUGGUUCUGAUGGCUCUAAUGAGGACGUCUUGAUAAAGACGGUGCGGGUAGUAGCCAACUUGUGUUUAUGCGAGCGCGCCGGCCGUGGAUUGGCUCGUGAGCACGUGGAACGCGCUGUACACUCACUGCUCGCCUGCCUUCACCUUGCCACAGAGGAAACAAUGCAAGUUACAGACGUAUCUGAUAAUCAAUCAAGUUCCCUGGAGCGGCGUGAAGAACUAGCAACUGCUGCAUUGGCGACUCUCAACAAUAUAACGUUUUAUCGCGAACCUCCUGAUCCUCCUGACCCCUUGCAUCAACUUCUUGACCAGUUGUGUAAAGCGACAUGCCGUCAGCUGCAGGGAUCUGGGCCGGCUGCGUGCGAGGCGGUGAGGGCGCUCGGCAACCUGUCGCGGGGCGCGCGCUCUGCACAGUUCAUAGUGCUCGAGGGAGCUCUCGAAGCGCUUGUACCCUUCUUGGAACAUGGCAAGUAUUUUAAGAGAAGGAUUCACUACAACAAUUACAAUUCGACAGAUGGACGGAGAGCGGAUUCUAAGUGA